GCCCCAUUCGGUGGCGCAGACCAACGAGAAGACUUUUGAUAGCCUCAACAUGAAGUUCACACUGUUUGCUCUGCUUGCAGCUUUCUGCGUGCUCAGCGUAAAUGCCGGCACCUGGCAACCGCUGAGCGGUGUGCCCGAGAUCGACAUGGAGUUCCAGCCCAUCGACUUUGCUGAUAUGGAGGGUGAAGUGGCCUUCGAUCCGGAGCUGUUUGGCUUCUUCUCGGCCGUGUGGUGGAGCAUCAAGGCGGCACUGCGCAGCGUUAAGGGCUUCAACUGCAUCAUCAAGUGGGUCGUGGGCAUCCAGGACAGUGCGCUGCAGUUCAAUGCUGAUAUCGUCAAUUGCGGCCUUGAUGCCACCAGUGACGUGACCAAUCUGAUCAAUGCCAACCUGAAGAUCAUCAACACCGCCAGCAACAUCAUCAAUCUGAAGUCCACCAUCUGUGCCAGCACCGAGGAGCCCGAUGAGCAGUCGAUCACUAACAGCUGUGCCGUCAAGACCCUCGCCCAGGUCUUCAGCCUGUACAAGCAGGUGAAGUCCGCCAUUAAAUUGGCCAAGAAGAUACCGCAGACCGGUCCCAAUGCCGUCUCCUGCAUCAGCGAUGCCACCAACACCCUGACAAGCUACUACACCCAGUUCCCCUCCAACAUGAAGAGCUGCUCCAAGCUGACCAGCAACUAAGCAGCGUCCUACCAAUCUACCAAUUCUUCUUUUUUUUCCCUUAACAUGUAAGCCAAGCAAAUAAAUGAUAUA